AUGGACGGACUGCCAGAUAAUGAAUUCCUCAUCUCCCCCUCUCCUUCUCCUCCUCCCCUUGACUACUGUGACUACACUGACUGGUCUCCCUCCUUCUCCAUCAUCCCUUCCAUUUACCUACUGGCCUUCCUGGUUGGUUGCCUGGGCAACGGCCUGGUGCUCUGGGUCUACCUGGAUCGAGGCGAGGGGAGGAGAACAAGCGUCGUAGGCAAAGACCAAACUGGAGUUGAAACAUACUGUUGCGCCAGACUUUUCAGGAUGAGGGAACAAAACAUCGACAGACGCCGAGUUCAGAAUGAGACCUUUUCCCCGAAAAACAAGAUAAAAAGCUACAGACCCUCAUCUCACUCCUCCACCUCCUCCUCCUAUCCUCCCACCAUCCCUCGUUCCACCCGUUCACUAACAGACUCUCUUAUAGCCAGCUUAGCAUUAGCUGACCUUUGUUUUCUUGUGACCCUUCCUCUGUGGGCUGUCUACACAGCCUUGGGCUACCACUGGCCUUUCGGGCAACCCCUCUGCCAAAUCAGCAGCUUCCUUACUGCCCUCAACAUGUAUGCCAGCGUGUUCAGCCUAAGCAUGCUCAGUGUGGAGCGUUACUGGGUUUUGACUGGACGCCGACACUCCAGCCUCCAUGCCCCACAGAGCUGCCCCAGCAGGGCUUUGUUAAUUAUUGGCGGAGUGUGGAUUCUGGCGGGGGUGCUGGCACUUCCUGGUUUGCUGCUACGCUCUGUCCAGGAGUUGGAACUAGACUCUGAUUCUGAGGAUGAUUGGCCGGGAGAGCAGGCUGACCCUGGAGCUGUCCUUCUCUCCUGCCAGAUGGAUUACUCCAUGCUGAUAGGCGCAGAGCUUGAUGAGGCAGAAAAAGAGAGGGCAGAGAUGUGGUGGGCAGCCAUCCUAAGUCUUAAAUCCACCCUGAUUGGCUUUGUGCUUCCUCUUGUUAUCUUACUGGUCUGUUACUGUUCACUCGCUCAGCUCCUCAGCAGACAUUUUGGACAAGGCCCUCGUCCUGACCGCAGACGCCAGCGCAGACUUCUCAGGGUCAUUGUUUCUUUAGUGAUGGCUUUCUUCUUGUGCUGGCUCCCUCUGCAUGUUAAUAAAACGGUGUCCAUGCUUCUGGAGUUUGGUUUUGUGCCAUACUCCUGUUCUUUAGAUCAGAUUUUAUUGACUGCUCAACCGUAUGUCACCUGUUUAGCUUACCUUAACUCCUGCCUCAACCCACUUCUCUAUGCUGCCUGUGAUCCAUCUUUUCGGAAGAGAUGCAGAGGAGCUCUUCUCAUGUUGUGCCGGAUAAGCAGAAGAGGAGGGGAGGGAAAGAUAGAUGGAGGAGAGGAAGAGAAAGAGGAAAGGAGCUCAGCAUUUCCCACGAGAACACAGGAGGAAACAGCAGACAGGGCAGAGGAGGAGACAGCAAACGUCACAUUGGGCAAAGGGUGA